CUUAUAGAAGGGAUCGGCUUCUGAGCGUUGUAAGAGACGCGGUUGCAACGCUGAGCCCAACAAUUUUGAGUCUCAAUCUCUCUCUGUCCCAACCAAUCCUUCUUUUUAAGCCACACCCACCAAAUUCUUCCCCAUACCCACUUCAUCUCUCUCGCUGGAGUUCCGGAUUUUGCCUCAAAAUCAUGUCCAGAACUCCUCUGCAUCUCGUCUUCCUCCUCUGUUUCCUCAUCCUUUGUGUCCAAUCCCACAGCUCUCGAUUCGCUUCCAUUUCUUCCUCCUCCGAUCUGGUUUCCGAUGGCGUUAAUGACUUGCAGGAACCCUCUUAUCUGCGCCUCAAUACGCUUCCUUCAAACUCGGCACCGGAGGAAGCUUGCGAGCAGUCUUAUGGGUUUCUCCCCUGUACCACCUCUGUUUUGGGGAAUAUGUUUUUGAUUAUCGUUUAUGGGUAUUUGAUGUUCUUGGCUGCUAAAUACUUGUCUGCUGGAAGCGAGCUCUUGUUGGAGAUUUUGGGUCCUGGAAUCGUUGGGGGAUUGUUCCUUCCCGCGCUUGGUGCUCUUCCUGAUGCUAUGCUGAUUCUCGUUUCUGGACUUGCAGGAAGUGCUGAAGUUGCACAAAGCCAGGUCUCCGUUGGAAUGGGCCUCCUAGCUGGCUCAACUGUUAUGCUUCUUACACUGAUCUGGGGUACAUGUGUGAUCGUUGGGAAGUGUGACCUUGAGGGUUCGGUUGCUAUUGACUCACAGGAUACAAAAGGGUUUAGCUUGACUGAAUCUGGAGUCAGCACUGAUAUCUGGACGAGCUAUGCUGCCAGAAUCAUGGUUAUAUCUGUUUUUCCAUUUUUAAUAGUUCAACUUCCACAAAUGCUCAAUUCAACAUCAGGAAGGCACUUGGCAGUGUUGAUUGCUCUUAUAAUCUCCAUUUCAAUGUUCAUUAUCUAUUGCCUUUACCAGGUCUUCCAGCCAUGGAUUCAAAGGAGGAAACUUGCCUUUGUCAAGCACAAACAUGUUAUAUUUGGACUUCUAAGACAUUUAAAACAGCAAGCACUUGGAAGACUCCUCACAGAAAAUGGGGAGCCAGAUAAAGAGAUAAUAGACAAGCUAUUCUCAAGAAUCGAUGAGAACAAGGAUGGACGUCUUUCAGCUUCUGAACUGAGAGCGCUUAUAGUCGGUAUCCAGUUCGAGGAGCUCGACUUAGAUCACGAAGAUGCUGUUGAAAAAAUACUGAAUGAUUUCGAUACUUCUCGUGAUUCCCAUGUCGAUGCUACCGAGUUUGGCAAUGGAAUCAUUAAGUGGCUUUCUCAAGUACAAGGUUCAAGAACUGGCCGAGCUGAUGAUGGUCCUCACACAAUGAAGUUCCUGCAUAACUUUCAUCAAGAAACAAAGCGAGAGCACGAUUUGUUGGAUGUCGGGGAACAAAGCGACGAGGUCGUAGAGGAUGUUGAGGGGGGCAAAGGGGUCUUGAUCAAAGCUAUACUCUUCUUGUUACUUGGAACUGCCAUUGCUGCUGCGUUUGCCGACCCGUUGGUCGACGUCGUACAUAACUUCUCCAAUGCAACUAACAUCCCGGCGUUCUUUAUUUCGUUUAUCGCUCUGCCAUUAGCAACCAAUUCCAGUGAAGCAGUCUCUGCUAUAAUCUUCGCAAGCCGGGACAAACGAAAAACUGCCUCUUUAACAUUUUCUGAGCUAUAUGGAGCAGUGACAAUGAACAAUGUUCUUUGCCUAUCAGUCUUCUUGGCUCUUGUUUAUAUGAGAGGAUUGGUUUGGAACUUUUCGUCGGAAGUGCUGGUCAUUCUGGUCGUUACGGUUAUAAUGGGACUUCUCGGUAGCUUCCGAACCGCGUUCCCGCUGUGGACAGCUCUGGUGGCUCUCCUUCUCUACCCCCUCUCUCUGGUGCUGGUCUAUGUUCUUGAUUAUGUAUUUGGUUGGUCAUAGAUCAGGUGGUGUUUUUGAGUUAUAUAUGCAGGAGGGGGUUUGUUCAUUUAAAUUUCCGGAUGUUUUUGCACAUACUCUCCAUGCUGAGGCAAUGUAAUGUAAUACAACUACUGUUCUGCUCUCUCUUUUAUUUGCUUCUGAUUACAGGAAAUAAAUAAUAGAAAGAAGUUCAAAUAUUUAUG